GCGAGAUGAUGUUUGUCAUGUACACCGUGCCGGCCGACGCUUUCUUGCAGUUGAAAGAAAUCAAGACGCACGAGGAGCUGGCAGAUGCAGGUGUGCUCACAGAGUUUGAUGAGAGCAUGGGAAAGGCGAUGUUCGUUUCGCACCAGUGGCUGAGCGAGGCGCACCCUGAUCCAAACUUCGAGCAGCUGAAAGUCUUGCAGGAUGCGCUGAUAAAUAUUGCUUCAGGGAAAAGCCGUGUGAAUCUCCCGAUAGUCGCCGAGAUCUUUCAUGGACGAUCAAGCUGCCCUACUGCCGACGACUUCGCAUGCGGCCAUCUUCAUGUUUGGUACGAUUACUUCAGCAUCCCGCAGGACAGUGGUCACCGCGCAUCUCGGAGCCGCCAGAGCGCAAUCCAGAGCAUCCCGGCCUAUGUGGCAAGAUGCGAGUUCUUCGUCGUGCUGUGCCCGGCUUUCAAGCACAGAGACCAGCAGCGAACUCUGAGCCAUUCAACCUGGGGUGAAAGGGGGUGGUGUCGCACAGAGAGAGUUGCACGCGAACUCUCGACUCGAAAGGGUGGCUACAUCAUCGUUGUAGAGAGUGCGACGCACCAGACACUGAUGUGGGCAGGGAGCAAAAUGCUGUAUGCACCGGGCGAGGGAGAGUUUACAGUGGAUACAGACAGAGAAAGGAUUGCUCGCAUGGUCACCCAGAUGGUUUGGUCCAAACUUUUUCAUUAUCUGGAGCGUCGAGAGUUUCACAACUAUCGCUUCCUGUUCAAUUCGCAACAUGCACGCUUCUUCCGAGCUCUUGACGUGGAGCCGAUUGACGGCCUUGUUCCGGGAUUCCACACUGAGACCGACCCGAGUGUUGACUUUAAGGGCUUCAUGCUGGACUGGUUCCUGCAUCAGAACGGCUUCAGGAACAUCUUCGACCGGGAUGAUGCAGGAUGGCCACCCAUUUGCUUUGCAGCGAUGAGCAACAACCUCGUGGUGCUGCAAGCGCUUCUUGACCGAAAGGUGGAUGUCAAUGCGGUAACCACCAAAACGAACAAGGAGCUACAUCUCGUCAAGAAGAUUACUCCGAUCGGAAUUGCAGCGUUCUUUCGCAACAACGAGGCUAUGGAGCUUCUUUUGUCUGCCAAAGCAGAGGUGAACAACACGGACGGUUUUGGGGGCAACGCUCUCCACAUGGCAUGUUUGGGAGACAACCCGAGUGCAGUACGUCUACUUUGCCAAGCCGGGGCUGAUCCGAACCAGCACGACUGGCUGGGGCUCAACCCUUUUCUAGUCGCUUGCGGGUGUAGUAGCGUCUAUGCUAUGAAGGAGAUGCUCAUUCAAAAUCCCAGUUUGAGCUUGCGACAUAGCUUACACAUCGCAUUGAUGAUGGGUGGAUCAAGUUCUGCGGAAAGGAUAUCAGUUUUGCUCGAGGCUCGGGCGAAUGUGAAUGAACAGUUCCGGGUACAGAUCCGGGAGACCGGAUGGUGGCUUCUCAUGAACUGCAUGAGUUUGAGGCAUCGGGUAAGCCCGUCCAGACUGACUUUGCUGGCGUACCAUCAUUACGAUGCUACUCCGCUGAUGUUCAGCAUUUUGAGCGGUUCCCUGGAAGCUAUGUCCUCUCUGCUCUCAGCUGGAGCGCGAGUAGACAUCCAGAACUACCGAACGAAAACGGCUUCCGAAUUGGCGCGCCAGAUGCUCGCGCCUCCGUGGUUGAUUGAGGCUUGUGCUACUCCCACCCACCAUGACUCUGAGAGCGUGUCUGAGAGCGACACUUUCUUCAUGUGA